AUGUCUUCUUCAACCUCUGAGACUCAUCAAAUCAUCGAACACAUCGUCCUUUUCAAAGUCAAAGAAAACGUUGACUCAACCAAACUCGACUCCAUGGUCAACGACCUUCAAAAUCUUGUCAAAAUCGACCAAGUCCUUCACCUCUCCGCCGGAUCUAUCCACCGUCUCCGAUCUAACUCCAACUCCGUCUUCACUCACGUCCUCCAUAGCAGAUAUAGAUCCAAGGGCGAUCUCAAAGCCUACGUUGAUCAUCCAAAUCACGUUCGUGUUGUUGAAGAAUUGUUGCCGGUCUGGGAAGAUGUCAUGGCCGUUGAUUGGAUCGCUGAUCUAAUCCCCGGAACAACUUUAGCUCUGGUUCCCGGUUCGGUCGGGAAAAUCAGUUUGGUUAAGGUUAAAGAGAAUGUUUCAGAUGAAGUGAAAUCGGAGAUUAUGGAAGUGAUUAGUGAGAAAUCUCCAGAGAUUGAUCAGAUUACUGCUGGUGAAAACUUUUCACCGGCGAGAUGUAAUGGUUUUUCGAUUGUUUCGAUUGCGUAUUUUAAGGAUUUUAGUGAAAUGAAGAAGAAUCACAAGGAUUUGGUUAUGGAAAAAUUUGGUGAUUUUGUUGAUGAUACCAUUGUUGUUGAGUUUGUGGUGCCUAGUGGUCCAAUUGAGUAA